CCCUAGCGCUGGCGCGCGCGCUGGCCUGGAGACCGACUUGGAGGCCCAGCUGGAGGCCGAGUUGGCCCGGCAGGCAUUGCGCGGGCAACAUGGCGGCGCCCGGCGAGCGGGGCCGCUUCUGCAGCGGGAACCUCUUCUCCUUCCUGCCCGGUGGCGCGCGCUCAGAGGUGAUGGAUGACCUAGUGACGGACGCGCGCGGCCGGGGCGUGGGACGAAGAAAUGCCGCCGCCUCCGCCCCGACGCCAGCCCCGGCACCGAACCCCGAUCCUCAGGUCGCCGAGGACCCCUCCCGGAGGCGGCCCUGCCGGGCCUGCGUGGACUUCAAGACGUGGAUGCGGACGCAGCAGAAGCGGGACAGCAAGUUUAGGGAAGAUUGUCCUCAGGACCGCGAAGAACUGGGCCGCCACAGCUGGGCUGUCCUCCACACCCUGGCCGCCUACUACCCCGAUCUGCCUACCCCUGAACAGCAGCAAGACAUGGCCCAGUUCAUACAUUUAUUUUCCAAGUUUUAUCCGUGUGAGGAGUGUGCCGAAGAUAUAAGGAAGAGGAUACACAGGAACCAGCCAGACACACGCACUCGGGCAUGCUUCAGCCAGUGGCUGUGCCGCCUGCACAAUGAAGUGAACCGCAAGCUGGGCAAGCCGGACUUCGACUGCUCGCAAGUGGACGAGCGCUGGCGCGAUGGCUGGAAGGAUGGCUCCUGUGACUAGAUGGUGGCCGGCAGAGCUGUGGGACGGAAGCCCGGGGUCUCCGGGCAGCCUGGCCAGAGGGGGACGGGGCACUCAUUAAAGUGUGUCAGAGCCAGA